AUGUCUGUCAACGGAUUAACGCUUCAAAACAGCGCAGGUUCGCUACCCUUCGUGCCGCUAGGCGAUGAGGUAGUUUCUGGUCCUACUCCGGUGGUAAAAGUUCGAUUGUGGCCCGUUACGGAGGACCGGAAGCCUUUGAGGAAAUCCAGUACCCCUGAUCUCGAGUUCCCGGGUCGUCUAUUCAUUACAUCGCAGCGACUUGUGUUUCUCAAUAGCACCAACACGCACGCAGUGCGAAAUUUAGUCAUUUUAUAUCGGCAGCUAACCCUUUCAGGGACCGAACAAACUCCCAUCGGAUUCGGUAUGCCAUGGUUUGGACCCAAUUACUUGAAAUUUUCAUUCAACGUUCUGCCGGAACAGAGUUUACAUAAUGGGCCGUGGCUAGACCCUAUACAUGCGUGGCAGUGUGAACUUACUUUGCAAAAUGGGUCUGGCCCUAUAAGAGACCUUUUCCAGCUUCAUGAUUUGAUCAAUGCUGUCAUGGCGAGCUCUAGAACUAGCGUCCCACCCGAAGACGACGAGCAGCUGCCACAAUACACACCUUGA